AUGAUAUGGGACAGUUUGGCGAUCCUGGAGUUUCUGGCCGAAGCCUACCCAGAGAAGAAACUGUGGCCGGAAGACGCCAAACUGCGCGCAUUGGCGCGAUCUGCCUGCGCCGAAAUGCACAGUGGGUUUAUGGCUCUACGCGGCGAGCAUCCGAUGAACUGUCACCGAGUCUUCCCCAUGACACCCACCCCAGCGGUGCAGGCCGACCUCGAUCGACUCGCGGUACUCUGGCAGCACUUCGAGAACGCCAAGAGACCCGACGGCGGAUUCCUCUGCGGCCCCUUCAGCAUCGUCGACGCCAUGUUCGCUCCCGUCGCCUGGCGCGCCAAAGGGUCGGUCUGA